GGCAACCGCGGCCAGCAGCCAACAGGGCGGCCGGGCGCCUCGGUGACGCACAACGAAGCCGCCUGAUCUAACCCCGCGCGGCGUCUGACGUCAGCAAAAACGCACUACCUGGGCUUCCCAUACUACCUGAAAAUCAGUCUAACCUGCAUCACUCAGGUACAGUAAAGAGAUUGCGUUGCAAUUGGAGUGUGCAGCCACUAGGGUCUGCACAUGCCACUGCUGUUUUUAAAAGUUGGUGUAAUUAGUCAUAACUGUGAAACGUUUGUGGUAUCAUCCCUAGUACAUGUUAUUCUUUACACUGGAAGGAUUUCUUCUUAUUUACAUGACACUUCCAGAUAACCAUGUGACUGGACUCUCACUAGUGUAACAUUUUAAGUGUCACAACUGCGGCUGCUGGGAAUUUGCUAUGGCCACAAAACACUGGGAAUCCGGAAAUGACUGAAAAAACAGCCCCACCUGGUGUUCUUUGGAGGUAUCAGUCUAUGCUAGAAGUGCUUUACACCACGCAAGGAUCAGCAACCUUUCAGAAGUGCUGUGCCUGAGUCUUCAUUUAUUCAUUCUAAUGUCAGGUUUCGCGUGCCAGUCAUACAUUGUAACGUUUUUAGAAGUUCUCUUUCUAUAAGUCUAUAAUAUAGACUAAACCAUUGUUGUAUGUAAAGUAAAUAAGGGUUUUAAAAUGUUUAAGAAGCUUCAUUUAAAAUUAAAUUAAAAUGCAGAGCCCCUCGGACCGGUGGCCUGGACCCGGGCAGUAUGAGUGCCACUGAAAUCAGCUCACGUGCCACCUUCGACACACGUGCCAUAGGUUGCCUACCCCAGCACCACAGUAUAGGAAUACAGGUCCACAACACAAACAAGGCGCUCGUAGUGUGGAUGCAGCUGUACUGGCAAAGCUGUGUUUUGUUUCAGUAAACUCACCACCGCCGGCAAGGGAAGCAGGCUGUAGUGGGAAGGGAAUGGUUUUGUUGGCAGAGCUGUGUCUAUGCUAGGGACUUCUGCUGGCCCAACUCUGUCAGUCAGGGAUCACCCCUCUUCCCAUCCGCAUAGCCUGGCCUCAGGUACUUAUGUGGUGCCCAUCACUGUAGUAUCUGAGCAUCUCAUAAUCUUGAAUAUGUUCAUCCCCACAAUACCCCUAUGAGGCAGGGAAAGGCUAUUUUCCCCAUUGUACAGUUGGGGAAAUUGAGGCACAGAGCAGCUAAGGGACUUGCCCAAGGUUACAUAAGGAGUCUGUGGCAGAGCCAGGACCAGAACUCAUGUCUCCCAAGUCCUAGGUAAGGUCUUUGCCCAUACCACUUGGCCCUCCUUCCUCCCCUCAUAUAAUGUGCUGCCUCCAUCAGUCUCAGGGCACUUUAGCAACAAGGGUAAGUGUCUCGAUCCUCAGCUCAUGUGUGGGGAAACUGAGGCACAGGGCAGCAACUUGCAGGGAAUUGACCCCAUGGCUCCAGCAUCCCAGGCUAGCGCCCCCAAGAACUGCACCAGAGGGCUUCAAGCAGUGAUUGCAUGUGAUCCUCCAGGCCGACGAAAGCAGCGCUGGCUCAGUGCUCGGGCUGGGAGCUCAGCCCCUCAGCAUGGUAGCUUCUCUCUUUCCUCUCUUCCUUCCCUCCAGGACGCGACGAAGGUCAUUCGCAGUGCUCACCUAACGGGGCUGAGGCCCAUUGUGACCGUAACGUUUGAAGCGCCUGUCAAUACAGAGAAUCAGAAACCCCAGGAGCUGCAGAUUGAGAUGAAGGGCGCCCCUUACCGGCUCCAGGGGCCUUGUGCCAGCGAGGAGGUUUGCCGGAUGUGCUGGUACACGCCCAUGCCAAUGACGAAGAGGAGUGUGGUCAUGGAGGUCCUGGUCAAGAGCAAUGGCCUGGGCCUUGAAGUGGACGACAAGAGAUUUGUUAUGAAUAUUAACGGCUACAUGAAGGAAAGUGAGACCGGUUUACAAUCUUCCCUAGGAGAGAAGGUUACAUCACUGGCGGAGAUGAUCUCACUAGACAGCCGGUCCCGUCCCAUUUGGUCCACCUUCAAUCAAGCCCCUGUGCUGAUCCUCGGGGGAUUCCAGGAUUACAAAAUCAUUCUGGUUUCAGACUCGGAGUUUGCGGAUUUCACUGCUGUGGAGGUGGGGAUCGACAGCUGCUGGAUCGGGUCCGUGAACUGCCCCCUGGACUCGUUCUCCUCCUCCAUUUUCGAUGCCAUCGCUACAGAAAGCAUGCUCCUCCUCCGCCAGAACCAGCUGGUCUAUUACUUCACUGGGAACUAUUCAGUCCUUUUUCUUCCUGUGCCGGGAUCCGGCCUCUGGACCCGUGUGCUGAACAACAUCUGCGUGUCACGGUUAAACCCGGUGCACUUCCCCCACAACGACUCCGAGUUCGUGAUUGCUCUUGGAGGGGGCGUGCAAGAAGGAGAAUUCUUCCUUGGCACCAUUCGCGAUGGAGCCGUUCGGUUUCCCGAAUCACACGCCAAGGGGAGGAAGACAGUGUGUGAACAUUUGAAUAUUUCUUGCACGAUCCUCUGGGCUGUCUACAUCACGGAAGAGGAGAUGAUUGUGCUUCUGGUGGAAGGGAAGAAAAAGAGCAGCAAGUCCGAUUACUACAUCAUGGCCUACGAUCAAGCCAAUGGAGAUUUCUGGAUGUUGUACUCCAUCCCUCGCUUCAUACCCAAAGACACUGAUAAAGGAUUUGUGAUGUUGCUGGGACUGGAAGAAUACACGGAUUCCCCGCUGAUCCCAAGGGGGCUGUCCUAUAACCCAUUCAGCACAAUCUUCUACAUCUGGGGCAAUGUUAUUUUACAAAGCUACGACCUGGUUAAUUACAUUCAUCUCUCCGACUUCCCCCAACGAUCCCCCAUCAGCUACUUCAUUCUGUCGUAUGUAGGGGAAUUCGUGUGUGUGACAGUCUCAGAGGAGAUCUGGUUUUCUGUGGAAGGCAGCUCGGUCGUCGUUCGGCUUUACCCCUCCGAACCCUGGGACAUGUUCUUCAGUCUCCAGCUAAUGAGAGGGUCGAAGGACUUUAGCUUAAACGAGACCUUUGUGAGCCUCUUCUUUAACAAGGAGGGGCUGCAGCAGCUGGUUUACAUCCCGGAUGGACACGGGGAGGGAAAGCUGAUCAAGAGGAACUUCCCUCUCCAUUAUAUAUUGUCGUACCGGCACCUCAUCAUCCAUCAAUACCAUUGGCUGUAUUUAGAAGAUUCUCAGUACAUCAAGUUCUUCCAUCCCUGCUCCUUCUCGGUCAUGCGCCUCGAGGACCUCCCAGCCCCUCAGCGCUUCACCCGGAUGGAGCACUAUUGCACCGAGCCGCCGGAUGUCAUGGACAGAACAGGCUUCCACAACAACGUGUCUCUGGCUGUAUACCAGGGACUGAUCUUCCAGCUGCUCUGGCUGCACGCGGACUAUAGCAGGCCUUAUGCUGACCCAGUCCAUGACCCAACUUGGCGCUGGUGGAAAAACAGAAAGCAAUAUGGAGAGUAUUUCUUUUACGUAGCGAGCAAUGGCAACUCCUCUGGAGGCGUCUAUGUCAACAUGGAGGGCUACACGAAGAUCUAUGACCUGCAGCCCAAUAACCAGCUGCCCAGCAAGAUUUACCUGGACAAGAAUAACGUCUUUUCUUUCUCAGUGUUCCUGAGCAUCAGGUCAAAGGCACAAAGCAUGCAGGAAAUGCUGGAAGAGAACUCUCUUGAUUUUGUGUGGCUCACUGUUGUCUUAGCGCAUCCGAGGUUUGUGGUUUCAGACCUCCACCGGCACUAUCUGAUGGGCCGGGGCUCCGUGCUGUAUUUGGUGACCAUCAGAGACACCGGCCAGUAUCCGAAACAAGAGCUGAGUGGGACGAACCUUCUGAAGAGUUCAAUGGCUUUAAAGGUUGUAAAUUCGGCAACAAAUUGUUACCACUACACGGCGUCCGGCCCAAAACUCCAGGGCUAUGCCAUGGUGCCAAUCUUCAUUGGCUGCCCCCCGGGCAAGAGGCUGGCCUUCGACAUCACCAGAACCCUGAAGUACACCACCAAACAGAACAAGCGGUACUUCGACUGCAUCCACAAGAACCCAGAGCUGCCGUGUUUCUUCUUUAACGAUGUAUUUUACCCCUUCUUCUUGAUCCAAGACAUGGUGACGGGGGACUCGGGACCUUUCAUGGGCAGCUACAUGCUGAGGAUCAUUGGCGGAGGGCCGUACUCGGAGAGCAGGAUCCGCCUCUACAGCCCGAGCGAAAUCCUCGACUAUAACACAGCAAACGGCAGCACACCGCUGAGUCUGAUCUGGAUGAGGGCUAAUCACACAAAACCUGCCCUUACCGAUCCUGAAGGCUUCAAUGUCUUCUCCGGAAUUGACUGUGGGAUCAAGUGGAUCUGUGAGCAGAACUCGCCCUGUUACGAUGUGGUUCCCUUAGACCUGACAGCUCCAGAUUACUUCUUUUUGGUCGAGGUGUCUAACAGGGCAGUGGACAAGAGCACCUACUGCGACUACGACCUGGAGUUUGUGAUCCACAUUCACGGCUUGCGGCUCAGCCCCUCCCGGGCAAUCGCCUUCAUGAAGAUUUCCAUGGCCGUUCUCACCGGCAUUGUCUUCUUGUACGUCCUCCACCAAGUCCUGGGGCCUGUGAUCGGGGCCGGCUUCACCCGACUCAUCCAAAGGUUUGAAGAGGCCCUAGCUGUUCGCACAGAGUCCAACAUCACCUUCUCCGGCUCUUCCUCCAUCCAAAGCCAGGGGAACUCCCACCACACGUCCCCCUUGUAGACCUGAAUCAGCAGCAACAGCCACCUGCCCUGGCGCAGCCUGGAAGAACCGGCCCCCCAUCGUCCCAUCGUCCCCAUUGCAAGUCCCAACCUGUAUCCAAACGUUCCUUUCCUCUCUGCGGUCCCCAGCAGCCUGAAAGCCCCCCCUUCCUCCCCUGCUCCCUGCUUCGGGCCAGGACCUUCUGUCACCGACUUGGCUGAUGAGUCCAGGCAGGCUAGACCCAAGCCGUGGUGGGCGUGCUAUUGCUCAGAUCUAGCAUCUGUCUGCGGCUUUCCUGGCUAAAGCAGAGGGGAUCAGGGCUUUCCACAGUAGCCCUGGAGCAAACUAGUCAGUCAGAACUAUAAAGACCUGAACCCCCAGGGCGUUGCUCUAAACGCCUCAGCCAGAGAACGGUGGCCGGCCUUUCCCAGUCCAGCUGGAACAGGAGCUCCAUUUGGCCACCCAUUUCGAUGCUCCCUGCCUUAUCCGUGAUGGUACCCAAGCUCCAGGCAUGAUCGGAAGGGCAGCGAGCGGCCGCUCCAGUCUGAGCAGGAUUGGGAGCUCCCGCGCAGUGAGUGGGACCUUUGGAUACAGGAAUUCCCAUGUCAAAGUCUCUCGCUUUGUUGAACGAAUGAAAAUCUUCCCGUCUCCUUCCGGUUCCUUUUGCAUUUCGCAGCCUUUAGCAGCAUGGCAGGGGGAGGCAGGUUGUUUCUGCAGGUGAGUGCAGGAGCCUUUGCUGAGCUGGUCCCUGCACCAGGCUCCAUGGGCCUCACGUCUUAUUUCGGUUGUUCAGUAAACGCCCUCGUCGUCUGGGAGCGGAUCCCGAGUUGGGGAGUUGAAUCUCCUGCUUCCCCCAGAACUGGUGCAGACCACUCCAGGGGAAAUGCUCUGCCCUGGGUUCUCUGAUCUCCAUGCUCCCUGAUGGUCUAAGGGACGGAUCCCCAGCUGAUGUAACUCAGCAUCCUCUCUGUUGGGGUUAAUGGGCGAGAUCCCCAGCUGGUGUCAAGCGGAUAUUUACAGCUGCCGUGGAGCUGGCCGAGAGGCUGGCUGGGUCCCCGAGGAGCAAUGCCGGGGGGGUAAAUUCACCAGCCAAGCUGACAUUUUCCCACCCAGACCUUUCUAGCUAUGGGGAGGUUUCUUUCUCGGUGGGAGACUGGGAGCCAGGACUCCUGGGUCCAUCCCAUGUUCUGCCACCAACUCACUGAGCUCACUCCUAGUGGGUGGGGGGGCUUUGUGCUGUCGAGGAUCCUACCCUGACACAGGGAGAACCCUAGGGUAGGGUGGCAACAAGCUAGCUCUAUGCCACCCUUCCUCCUUCCGGGAGGAGCAUGCUGAGAUGGGGCUCUGUCUGGGAUGUGAUCCACAGCUGGCAUAACUAAGAGCAGCCCCGAGGCUGCUGUAAGUUACACCCUGAGCUGGUACAGGGCCAGCUGCGGGGAGAAGAAAGGUGGCUUAAAACCCCCCCCAUCUCCUAGGCUUCGAGGAGUGUAAAUUCAGCCCACCUGAGGUUUAUUAACACCUGCCUCUCACAUAGCACUUUUCCUCAGUAGAGCCAGAGCAUUACACCCAUUUUACAGAUGGGGAAACUGAGGCACAGAAAGAAGCUGCAACCUGCCCAGGGUCAUCCUGCGGGCGAAGCCAGGAAUAGACACCUGCUUCCCUGAAUCCCAGGUGAGCCCGCGACCUGCUUGGCCAUCUGCCUGCGCCUCAUACGCUGCCCUUCGCUGGGAAGGAAACAGCUGGCUGUAUCUCUGCCGUGGUGCUUUCACAGCAAGGAUAAGAGGCAGCUCCCGUUGCAAUGUCCUGCUGAUAAACGCGCAUCGCAGCCUCCACUCCGCACUGCCAGGAUUAUCUCCCUGCGGCAGCAGCCUAGCGUCACCGGUGCGUUCCAGCCCUGACCCCGGAGACGCGGCUCUCCAUUCAGCCGCCUCUGUCAGUCCCGGCCUCCCUUUGAUCAGGAGCUGCCAUUUAUCAUCCUAACCGAGAGAUAAAGGGAGCUGCUGUCAGCCCGGUGGCCGGUAUCUUCUGUUUGCGGGCUGGCUUUUCAGCUGUAGAGACUAAGAAACCAGCCAGGUCUGAAUUCCCACUGGAAGAAACAAAAGGCAAGAGGACAAACAGAGCCCCGCAGACAGACUGUAAGAUCUCAACCACCCCUCCAGUGCCACCCCUCCCAAAGCACGUCACACCCAGGGCCCACCACUGAAACAGUCACAAUGAUGCAGCUGCCUCUGGGGCAGGACACAGCAGCUGUUUAGAACAGCCACGCUGAAAACCCCGCGGGACAGCAAGCAGAGAAGAGUUACGUCUACAGUGGAAACUGCCAGGAGGGAAUUCAGGGAGACAGAAACGGAAUUAGCCGAGCUGGGAUUAGGCCAGGCGGGAAGGGUUCAGUGUUGCUUAGGGGUUAGAGGGAUGGGUAGUGGUUAGAGCAGAGCAGAUGAGAAGCAGGACGCCUGGGUUCUCUUUGAACGAGGGCAAAUCCCUGGGCUAGACACAACUUACCUUGCUGGCUCUGUCACCCUACAUUUUGCAUAGCCACCAAAGCCAGGGUCGAGUGAGUGGGGCAACAAGUGGAGAAUGCUGCCUGGGUAACAUUUUACAGCCUCGGAGCACUGGGGUGAAUGGCUGGAUUGGGUGCCGGGGGACGGAGAAACUGCCUCUGGGUGGCAAGUACAAUCUGGACCUGGUCACUCCAGGGGCCAGACACUGGGCUGGGAGAUUUGGGUGUUUCACAUCCCCGCUACAGGGCAAGUUACAGCAGAGAAGGGGGUUCCUCUAGUGCUUUGCAUCAUGGGCCUGACCCCCUGGCUGCAAAGUCACGCGCCAUCUGGGCCCAAUUGCCGCCAUAAAUGUUCCAACAUGUGCUAUAAAUAGGUGAUUAGCACUAAUGGCCCUCGUUAGGGGUAAUUAGCCCAGCCAGGGAAAGCACAGAACUGUGUCCUUUUGUGAACUCCUGUGGGCUUCUUUGGAGGAUGUUGAAGGAUUGGCCUGGUUGAGCCAGGUAAGGCAUUUCCGGCGGCUCACACUAAGGUCCCUUCAUGCUCUCGCAACUAAGGAAGGGGAGUGGGGUCUAGUGGUUAGAGCAGGGUGGGUCUGGGAGCUGGGGCUUCUGGGUUUUUUCCCUGGCUCUGAAAGGGGAGUGGGCUCUAGUGGGGAGAAGGGGGGGACUGGGAGUUGGGACUCCUGAGUUUUAUUCCUUGCUCUGGCACCAGACUCACAGUGUGGAUUGCUGGCUGGUGACAUCCCUGCUCUGUCCCUCAGUUUCCCAUCUUUAAAGUGCGCCCUCCCCCUUUUAAGUCCACUGUUGGGUAAAGAUGAUCCUGGGCAAAAACACUAGAUCCCAACCCCCCUGAAACAUAGGGGAGUUUACACGUUGGCUUUAUGGCUGGGGUCCUGCUCUCAUUAACAACUCAGGGCUUGUCUGCAUGUGGAAACUUCCCGGUUUAAUUAGACACUGUAGUUACAGGCUGGUCUAACUCUUAUUCUGGGCUGAGUACCUUUUCCCAGCUUAGCUUCUGUUGCUUUACUGAUAUCAUGUCUCUUCUUUUCCUGGCUUAGUCCUAUCUAAGUGGGAUUGGCUCUACAAGUCCUUCUACUCCAGCCAAUCCGUCUUGAUGCAUUGCCUCGGAAACACCACAGCCGAGUCAUACUACACUAAUUUAGCUUGUAAAUUUCCCCAUGUGGACAAGCCCUUAAUCAAUGCUGGCAGGCUCUCAAAUGAGGAGGCACCCCAGAGGUGGCUGCAUUUGAUCCCUGUAUAAACAGCUGCCCAGUUCCACCCCAGAGACAGCUGCAAUUCAGGGCUGGGUGAAGGAUCCCUGUAUAAACAGCUGCCCAGUUCCACCCCAGAGACAGCUGCAGUUCAGCACUGGGUGAGGGAUCCCUGUAUAAACAGCUGCUACAUCCCACUGCAGAGGUAACUGCACUUCAGUGCUGGGUGAGAGGCCUUGUAUAAAUAGCUGUUGUACCACACUCCAGAGUCAGCCGCAUCUCAGCAUCAGGUGACACGAUCUGGGUGUAGAAUUUUGGGGCUGAAAACACUAUAUAUGUGUUAUACAGAUUAUUUUAGGGAUCAGGGUGCUGGAAAAACAGAUGAAACUUUUCUCCUAUGGCCUCUUACUGGGCAGUCUGACACAAAGCCUCUAUUAGAAGAGAAAAAACCCACCUCACCAAUCUCCAAUUAGCCCAGAUUCUUCUGUUUCCAUCAGGGUUACAAGCCCCCUUUCUUUCCACCCGGCGUCCUUCAUUCUCCGCUAAUUCCAUGUGACACCCGUGGCAAAAAAAACUACCUUAAAAACAGAUGAUUUUUCCUGCUUUAAUUGGGGACACUUCUUCCCUUAAUUCUUUUUAAUUAAACAAAUUGGCUCCGGCCUCCAGCAAUUGCCCAGCUAACCUAGAAAUGGGAGGCGAAAGGUUAAUUGCGGCUAAAAAUAGCUUUCUAGAAAGAACUUCAUGGGGCAGAGCAAAAAUCUACUAAAUGAUUUCUGAGCCGGGCGAGGUGAGCCCGAAGUUUGGGGAGCCAGCAGCACCUCCGAUUCAUCGCGUCUUUACCCUGCCUUUUGGCAGAGCUCAGUUCCAUUUCGGAGUGCAGGGGAAGUUAGGCGAGGCGAGGAGACGAGGAGAUUUUUCAGAUGCGAAGCCGAAGAUGGCAUGUUAGUGCAACGCCGGCAGGGGAGUGGUUCCUUGACCAGGCGUUUAUCCCGGCACAGCCUCUCAUGGGAUUUACCGGAGCAGUAUCUCCUAGUGGGUAGAGCAGUAGGCCUCAGGCGAUCCCUUCCCCAUCUGUGAAACGGGGGCCGUGCGGGUGGGAAGCUCUCCAGGAGCAAGGGAUGGCUGCGGUUCUACUGCCAUCGCUUAUUUCUCUGCCCAGAUAGGAAUAAUUUUUCCCAGUCCAGACAAAACUCAUGGUGUCUCUGCGUUUAGGGAGACCCCUUAUUUGGUUUCAGAGCCACGUGCUUGGCGUUAGCUGGAACCCUUCCUAUGAUCAACUGAAGCUAAACCAAAACAUAUCGUCACCUCCAUGGGAGAGGCUCGGCUCCUUGGCCCUGCGCCACCCGCCAAGUAUUCCUGGCAGGGGGCCCCUCGCUUGGCGCUUAGGCCUAGAUCCUCCAAGGGAUUUCGCCACCUAACUCCCAGUGGUUUCAGUUAACCACCUACUAGGAUUCAAGCCUUUGUGUCCACGUGGCAUCAGGUUGCACUGGCCAAGGUGUGUUGCACUGGGGAUUGGGCACAAGGAUGGAGGGGGAAAUCAGUGCUGAGGACUGGGGAAUGCCUGCCCCUCUCCCCCAGUUUAAACCCAAAUCUUCCCUUCAGGGCUCCCAGCACCCUGCGAUCCAAGCCCCCCCCUCCCCCAUUGGCCAAGCCAGGCCCGGCUCCGCUCAACUCAACGGCGCGUCUCUGCCCCUGUCCAAGCACCUCAUCCAGGGCCAAAAGCCAUUUUCUGCCUCCGCCCCUGUGUCCUUGCCUGGAUCUUGGGGGGUCAAGUAAUGCUGACGUUGUCCCAGUAGAGGGCGCCACCAAACCAUAGAUAGUGCCAUGCCCCUGUCCCUAGCUGUGAUGGGGUUUGGGAACAGGUGACCCCAGGAGAGCUGUGUGUCCUCAGCCCUCUUGUCUCAGAGCCUGUGCAACGGAGUGAGAGCUCCACCGAGCACCGUCUGAUUUCUUAUCUAUCCCGUGCCCGGUACCAUUCUUACAGGAAACCUCGACAAACAGCCAGGCCAAGCAGUCUGGUGCAGUGGGUAGAUCACUGGCCCGGGGGGGGUCAGGACACCUGGGUCCAGUUCCUGGCUCUAUUGGGUGACGGGUAACUUAGUUCUCCGCUCUGUACCUCAGUUUCCCCUCCUACCCUUUUAGAUUGUGAGCUCUUUGGGAAAGGGACUCUCUCCCUCUGUGCGUGUGCAGCGCCUGGCACAGUGGGAGGACCCAUCUCGGUCAGGGUCUGUGCAGUGCUUGGUACAACGGGGUCCUGAUCUCAGUCGGGGUCUGUGUGUCACCCACCAAAAUUGGGCCCCGAUUCCAGCUGGCACCUGUACAUCUUCUCACAAUGACAGAUCUCAGUAUCUUCCUGGUUCUGUGUGGUGUUUUACAUGGCCCAGUCAGAAGGUCGGGAUAUCGUGUGUGGAUGUGGUAACAAGGUAGGUAGCAGAAAAUCACCUUGACUUGGCUGUUGCUAUGGUGCAUGUCCUGGCAACCGCAGGGGGUAUAACCCAGAUCAUCCUGCUGCAGAAGUACAGGCUUUGUGUGAAAGGAGGAUCCCACAAAGGUAGCAGUAUAGGGCAUAUGAGAUAUGGCAGAGGACUUCUCAUUCCAGCCAGCAGAGGGCAGUGAAUGAAAUUUCACUUGGACAGUGGCUAAGUUGAAUUUUAAAAGAAAAAAGGGGGAAAUUUUCAGACACAUUUGUGCAAAAUUCCCCCUUUGUCCCCAUUUUCCGACAGAACUGGUUGAAAUAGGCUGAAUUUUGAGAAACAAAUUCCCAAUUUUGAUUUUUUUUCUGAACUUUGGGGAAAUUAAAAAAAAAUUCAAAUCUGGACAGAGUUUAAUUCCUCUCCCCUCCCAAAUUUAGGGAAUUUUUUAAAAAUCCUGAAUUUGACAAAAUUUCAAUUCAGAUUUUUGGGUUUGGGAAAUUUUUUUUAAAAAAUCCAAAUUUGGACAGAAUUCCCAAAACUGUUUUUUGGGGAAAACCAGAGAUCAAUUUCAUCAACGCCUUCCCACUGCUAAUUUCCCUCUCCACUGUGUCUUUUUUUUACCUGCCCUACUAAUGGUAGUUAACAUCCAUAGAUCUCAAAGCACAUUAAGAAAGGCCUAUCCCCAUUUGACCGACGGGAAAACUCACGCACAGAGAGGGGUUUGCUCACUGGCACCCAAGCAGGCCAGAGUGAGGAACAGAACCCCAAAUCUCCUGAGUCAUAGACCGGUGCUGUACCCAGUAGGCAACUCUACCUCUCUGGUGCCAGUUUCAUUCAGAGAGCUUAGGGUCACAUUAGAAUUGUACUUGUGGGGGUUUGGAUGGAUGGAGCAGCCUUUGUGGUUUAUGCAGAAAGAUCCCUGCACUGAUUUGUUUGCCUCUUUCUGGAAUCCUUCGCCAGCCCCACCCUGCUAAUCUGAGUCUAUAAAAUCUGUUGGAAAUGAUUGUG